AUGGUCAGUUGUAUGCCUGCUGCAGGGAUGCAGAAGAGCCUCAAUACAAGGAUUGGCUACGGAUUAGACCGUGGAUUACCGAGUACGCGAGCGUGUCAUCUCAGUGCAUUCACAACAUUGUCUAGAGUGCUGGCCACCCCACACGCAAUACGCGCCAAGUCCUUGGCCGUCACAGUCUUUGUUCACUACGGAUGCCCGAUGCACGUUGUACAAGGUCAAUCAAAAGCACUCUAUCCCCGUGAAAUUUCACAGCUAGGAACUGCUAUGAUCGCCGUCCAGGUCCUGCUGUUGAGUAAACACCCACAAACCAGGUCAUCCAGACAAUGGUCUGGCUAA